CCCCAGCCGUGUCUUGGUACUCCAUGAGUUUCCCACAUCUCAUGUCCAAUAUGACUUUCCGAUUGACUUUGCAGAUUGCACGGGUUAGACCUCUUGCUCGGUCCCCGGUUCACCUUGCUAGGUAUGAAAGUGGCAAUGUAUCUGCAGAUUGCUCCGUGUUCGCGAACGGUUUGACGAGGUGUACACUUACUACAGAGCGUCGUGGUUCCUUCCUGAUGGUCAUCGUCAGGUAUCAUCACACAUCGAGUAUUUUCAACCAUGUCGGAGACAGACCACUCCCCUCCGAACCUUUCGGCUACUGCACGACACCUUUCUGAGGAACAACGCCCAACACUAUAAGACGAGGCACUCAUACUGGGUUCGACAUAGUACAAUGGUCACAGUCACUCCUUGCUGCAAGCUGGCCUCUUGAUGCGCCGCGCCGAACCAGCGCUCCCAUAUUACACAGAAGUUUCGCUUGAUCCAAUGAUUUGCUGAAGCUAACGUAGCAAAGACAGGUGAGUAGCAAAGGCAGCCCAGACAUUCUUGGCGCCAUAUGCCUCCAUGAGGGUGGAACGGGAACAUGUUUUAGUCUGCUGACCGUCUGAGGCGGCACAAUAGGUAGAGCAAUAGCGCCCUUUAG